AUGGCUAGCCCAGCAAGUAGCUCAGAUCAGUCCAUCACAUCGGCUCCCUUUGGUCUUCGAAAUGGAGCUCCGAUUCCUCGCAAGUUUGUGAGAAUCCCCAAGGACCAACAGGCACUUCUAGACCAUCAAGGAUCGUGGAUCUCAGCUCCCAAGGACCACCCGCAGCAGAAUCCCGCUAGAGUCCCGCCAAAGGUCCUUGAACAAAUUAAGUAUUUUCAUACCUCUCGGACGCUGCCGCCACCUGCCCAGAAGCCAAAGGCGCUUCUUUCAAGUGGGCCGACUGCAACAACAUCAGUCUCAGAGAAUGCACCGAAUGACGAACAAGAAGAUGGGGGUAAAUCGGAUUCUGAACCAGAAGUACCAGUCAGCUCCUGGCCGGAGUCUCCUCCACGACCACCCCGUGAAGUAGAGCUACAAGAGACCCCUUCUCCGGCGCCUUCUAUCAGAUCACAAGUUAUGACUGAACGCCAAUCUAGUGCAACAAGAAUCUCUCAGUCUCCACCGCCGCAGACACGAAGCAGCCCUCAGAUGCGGUCUUCGCCACCGGUAAUCUCAGCUACCAAGCGGAAACCCUCACCUACUACCCGCCUCAAACGCUGCCAAAUUGAGGCAUUCCCAUCCAGCAGCGCCGGCGUGGAAGAAGAGCUGGAAACUGCCAUUCCUGGGGCUCUCUGUGAAGCGACACCCCCCAUCAACAGAACGGCUGCGCGUUUAGCUGCAGUAUCCCAGGCCGUUACCAGUCCUCCCUGUGGCCAGGGGAGCAUGGUUCCGUCCACUUACAAAGAUGUCAAGAGCCCUGAGAAGGCGGAAGGACCAGUCAACAAGAAAAGACGGUUCAAGGCAAUCCCAGCAACCGAAUUCGAUGCAAACUCUCAGGAAGUUGUAGAGAAGGGACAUUCUGCAAAGACCACCCCACAGUCUAUAAUCCCACUUUUUCUCCCCCCUCAGGGGAUUCAAAAGACAUCCUCAGAGUCUGCGAUUGCGUCAACGCCUCUUGUUGCUGGUGCUCGACCGGAUUUGGGAAUACUCAAGGUCGUCAAAGAUACCCCAAGUCUUUCUAAGACUGUUGACCCUAGUCAUGAGGCCAACGAGACAUCUUACCCAGACCCUAGGCCCUCAGGAGCACACGUCAGACCAUCUAUCGAAAGUGGGGGAAAUGUCAAAACCAGUGCUUUACUGGGCCCGCGUGAAGCCUUGUCUGAGGACGCUGGCUGGAACUCGUCGAAGCUGGAAGUCCGGCGGCAGGAGGUCAUAUCGCAUCUCAACGAAGAAUGGAAACGACAUGGUCUUGAUUGGAUUCCACCCGCUUUCCAGCAUCUCCGGCCCACUCUGACGGUUCACAGCCUAGAGGUACUGCAAGAUAUCACCCGCCAGGCAUCAAAGAACGGCAUACCACUCGCAAGGUUGUGGUCAGAACCUGAUGGUCUGCUCUUUCAAGCGGCUAUGAAUCUUGCGAAAGGUAAACUCGUUUUCUCCCAAGAACUCGCCGAGAUAUCGCUUUCUUUCUUCGAGGCAGAAGACUCAAGGCUGGCAAAGACUCGAGGUCCAGGCUCGUCGGGUGAAGCGAGACAAGCAACCGCCAGGGGGUCCUCGCGGCCGGCAAGCCCUCACGGAGCAGCAUCCAACAUCGCACCCGUCAAUCCUUCGCCUCCAACAUCGCCCUCUGCAAUGCAAGGUCUUCAGCCGACCGCUAGUCCGCAAGCGCUUCUAGACAGUCUAUAUCAGUCAGUCGAGACACCUCGACCACCGCAGGCCAUGCUCGCGAAGCCCUCCUUUGCACAGGGUCCGCUGGAGGCUUUCCGCCAGGCAUACCCUUCCUUCUCGGGCAGUGUUGGUGACUUUGUCAAAGCAUGCUUCACGAUCAAAGAUCUGCGUCGAAAACGACUGCUUCCCAAGUGGCUCUACGACGACUUCAUUCGCGCCUUCGUGGGCGGGUUUGUCCCUUAUAUCGAGUCGCUGGACGACGACGAAGAGCCGCUCUCGGCAUAUCAGUGGUACGUCGAGUAUGUGGACCGGCCAGCCUUUCAGGGCGGCGUCGUGACGCGCGAGAACCUGUAUCAGGUUUUCAAGAUCUACAACACUGAAUUCAAAUCGGCCAGGGAGUCUCUUUUGGAGAGCACGACUCCUUUUCCAGAAGCUACACAGAGGCGUGUCUCUGAGCAGUCAGCGGCGUUGAAGCCGAGCAUUGGUCCUGACACGCCGAUUGCGCAGAAAGCCAACCCCACCCCGAGACCCCGGAUAGAGACCGUUCGUACAUCGGGCAGCACGCCUAGCAAAGCUACCCCCGCGUCGAGAUAUUCAUCCCCUGACGAACAGUUUAUUUUAUCGAAGACAAACGGAGGCGGGCGCGUUGACGAGCAGCGUACUACUGAAGCUCAUACUCGCAAUACCUCGCCUAUUGCAUCAGAUCUACCCCCUACCAAUAGGGAGAAGGACAAACAGCGAAUGGCAAACAAGGAGAUAAUAAGCCUCCGGAACGCUCCGGCAUCUGCCCCGACCAUUCAACGGCAUACAAACGCCCUGCAGGACGACGAAGACGUCGCAUUCAUUUCAAGUAAUCCGCGCCCUCGUAUGGCAAACCCUACCAAGAAAGGAUUAAUCAGAACGGAAAGCAACAACACCAGCACCACGCCAUUCGCAGAGAAGGAACCUCUCAAUCCGCUGCUGUCGGGGCUCUCCACCCCGAAAGCCUCGAAGCCCACCAGGGACAGCAUCAUUGCAGAGACGCCGCCCCGAAAGACAGCCGGCCCGGCCAAAUGGACCACUCAGCAUCCGGCAGUACGUAGGAGCCUGCCAGCCUCAUUCUCCGACGCCCGCCCGCCUCCCGCCUCGAUGCCGCCCAAAGCUUCAGGACUAGUGACAAGCCCGGCGGCGAGCCCCUUGCCGAGCAGUACACCAAACAACACGCUCCCUAACUUUUUCCAGGAGAGCCGUGUGAAGAAACCCAAACAAAAGACGGAGAGGACGGAGAAGGAGGGGAGGAAAGUAGCUUUGGCCAAGAUGCAGAGGAUGUUGAGAGAAGGGCGAUAUGCUCCACCGUCCAGCACGAUGCCCCCAAGGUCUUGA